AUGACGCAUUCGAAGGGUUCUAGUGAAAGUCUUCCGUCGACAACAUCACCGACCGAGAAAGCUCCCGUCGUUCCCAACGAACAAGCUACGCCGAAUACGGAUGCCGUCGCAAUCAACACCGAAAAAGAUGUCGAAGCCGCUGCACCUAAGCAACCUCCUCCCAACUUUAUGGGCAUUGUGCCCAAUGGAGGUCUCCAAGCAUGGCUACAAGUCGCUGCCGGCUUUGCCCUCUUCUUCAACACUUGGGGAAUCUUGAACACAUUCGGAGUCUUCCAAACGUAUUAUGAGUCUGGAGUUCUGAUUCAUGCUUCGUCGUCCAACAUCUCAUGGGUUGGAGCUAUUCAAUCGUACUGCGUGUUGCUCAUGGGCUUCCUGUCUGGACCCAUCUUUGAUCGCGGCUACCUCCGCCCACUGCUAUGUGUUGGCUCCUUUCUCGUUGUGUUCGGAUUCAUGAUGCUCAGUCUCUGUCACACAUUCUGGCAAGUUCUUCUUGCUCAAGGCUUCUGUAUCGGUAUCGGGUCUGGAUUGCUCUUCGUCCCUGCCGUUGCCAUUCUCCCGACAUACUUCAACACAAAGCUUGGCCUUGCAAUUGGUCUCGCUGCUUCUGGAAGUUCAAUGGGAGGCAUCAUCUAUCCCAUUGUCUUUUACAGAUUGCUUGAUCAGAUCGGCUUUGGCUGGUCUGUUCGUGUGUUGGGCUUCCUCGCCCUGGCUACCCUGCUCAUUCCUAUCUUCGUCAUGAAGCAGCGUGUCAAGCCGCCAAGAGCUCGUGCUCUGAUCGACACCACAGUCUUCAGAGACAUUCCCUUCAUGAUCUUCACUGUGGCCGCCAUGAUUGGGUUCAUCGGCCUCUACACGGUGCUCUUCUACCUAUCCUUCUUCGGUCAGACACAGGGCUACACAGAUGCUAGCAUGUCCUUUUACAUUGUGCCUAUCCUCAACGCAGCCUCGGUAUUCGGACGUACACUUCCAAACGCUCUUUCCGACAAGACAGGCUCUUUCAACAUCAUUCUUCCUGGAGCGGCUGUCUGCUCAAUACUCAUCUUCUGCAUGAUUGCAGUCGACGGUCUCGGUAGUAUCAUUGUUCUCGCGAUUCUCUUUGGUUUCUUCUCCGGUGUCUUCAUCGCAUUGCCGCCAGUAUGUCUUGUUGCUCUGACGACCGACAAGUCAAAGAUUGGUAGCAGAAUUGGCAUGGCGUUUGGCUUCAUUGGCUUUGGCACUUUGGCUGGUGGUCCGGGAGGUGGUGAUAUCCUCCAGAAUUAUGGGGAUUCGCUGAACUGGACUGGAUUGUGGGUGUAUGGUGGCGUGUCAUGCGCUGUUGCCACUGUUCUGUUUGCAGUAGUCAGAACGAUGAAGGCGGGCGGAAAAUUGAUGGUCAAGGUAUGA